AUGAGUCUCAGGGGGAUCGCCGCUUCAGUCGUGCUGCUUGUCGCAUCAUGCACGACAGCCAGUGCGGCAAAUACCUGCUACUACCCCAACGGUAACGUUGCCACAGGAAACGUCCCCUGCUCUUCGGAGACCUAUUCUGCGUGCUGCGGUACCUCCGACAUCUGUCUAUCGAAUAAUCUCUGCAUGGACACGGGGGAACAACCAUACGUUUUGUCUAGAGCUUGUACGGAUCCAAAUUGGGAGUCGGAGAAUUGCCCAUCGGUUUGUCAGGACGUCAACACCAGCGGCGGCAGCUCCAUCAUCAACCUUCUCUAUGUGGAUGGCGUUUCGACGUAUUGUUGCGGUACACCGAUCAGUAACGGGAGCAAGGUGAUCUGUCCCUAUGGAAACUCGUUCCAGGUGGCCACGGGCGAGAUGCUGGUCGGAUAUGCUGGGCUCGCGAAUCUCACCACCAAAGGGAAUGAUACGGCUUCUUCCACGAACUGCUCUUCGUCUUCCACCUCUGUGUCAAGUUCCUCGUCAACUGCAGAUUCUUUGACUUCGAGUUCCUCUGGUUCCUCCGGUUCCUCUUCCCGUGAUACAGCCAUCGGUGUCGGUGUCGGUGUCCCACUCGGUGUUAUUGCAAGUGCUGCGAUUGUGUGGGGCGCCUGGGAGAGAAAGCAGAGGCGGCGGUUACAACAAAUAGCCUCGACUGGUGGUAACCCGAUGUUUGAACAGCAACAGUAUACUACCCCAAUGAUGAAGACACCGGGGAAUCCUGCAGAGUUGGAAGUAGGCCGGAUGAGGCACGAGCUGUCAUGA